AUGAGCAGCACGCACCGAGCGGAGAGCGACGACCCCGUCGUGCGCGAGAUUCCCGUGCAUCUUGCAGACGAGCUACGUCACCAUCUGUACAUGGUCCAAUUCCCACUGCGUCCGACGUACCGCCCGAUGCCCGAGCCGCCAAAGGCUGCGCGUAUGAAGCCUCAGAAUCGAAUGAUGCAGCUCGACUUUCCCGUGGACCUGCGCUCUGAGCACUUUGACCAGGACGCUGAGGAUUAUCUGAAGCAAAAGCAUCUGCGGAUGCAGUCGUCUAGCGUGCCGACGCUCACAAACUACGUUGUAGGCGUCCUUCGCCAAGGACAGUUGCAUCUCACGCCUCUGACUGCGGUCAUGCAGAUGCGGCCGAGUCUCGCGCACAUUGACGAUGCAGUGGACUCGGAAGAGGAAGAUAUGGAAACAGAAGAGAAGGUCCAGCCACCUCCAGAGGAGCUGAAAGAGGUGCAGUUUCAGUUUAAGAAGAAACAGUCGGAGCGCGCGAUUUCAGCGAUCCAGAACUCGUACGCGUACAAGAAGCAGCAGAUUGAAGCUGAGAACUGGAUUGAGCUCCAGGUGCAAGACAAAAGCAGCGCUGGCGCAGGCAAUGAGUUUGAGAACUUGUUCAGCGAAAGAGAGGAGGAAGUGGUGUCGACGAUGACAUCGGACGAAUAUAUACAGGCGAUGCAGUACCGCGCGACGAGCUCUAUUCAUAAGCCUGCAGCUCCGAAUACGACACAAAGCGCUGAUGAAGUCGAGGAGCAAAACGACGAAAUAAAGGAACCUGUCAUCGGCCAAUUGCUUGAUGGUGUCGAUGCGAGGUACUCGGACGUUUUGCGAUUGCUUACGACCGAUCAGAUCAUGCACUUUGAUACACUCGCAAAGCUCUUGCCAGCGCGAAGCGAGGAUGAGCUUUUGGAUGCACUUAAGCACGUUGCUGUGCAUGUGCGAGGGCGCUUGAUGCCAACUAGCAGCUUGGUUUGCCGAGGAGAGACGACAGUGCGUGCCCGCAACGAAAUUAUAAAGGCAUUAGCGAAAGUACCUGCUGGUGUAUCGCGCACGGACCUGGUGGAAAAUUGUUGCGUGGACGCUGACGUAGCUAAAACGAUCCUGACCGAGUUUGCUACUUUGGAGAUCGACACACGUAAGUGGACCUUCCGCUUAGGCCAUGACGACACCUUUACAAAGCGGUUCCCUGCCGUCGCGAAGGCCACAAAGCUCGAGUCUGCAUAG